AUGGGUGCCUACAAGUACUUGGAAGAAUUGCAAAGAAAGAAACAAUCUGACGUCAACAGAUUCUUGUUCAGAGUCAGAGUUUGGGAAUACCGUCAAAAGAACGUUAUUCACCGUGCUUCCAGACCAUCCCGUCCAGACAAGGCUAGACGUUUGGGUUACAAGGCCAAGCAAGGUUUCGUUAUCUACCGUGUCAGAGUUAGAAGAGGUAACAGAAAGAGACCUGUUCCAAAGGGUGCUACUUACGGUAAGCCAACCAACCAAGGUGUUUCUCAAUUGAAGUACCAGAAGUCCUUGCGUACCACCGCUGAGGAGCGUGUUGGCCGUCGUGCUGCUAACUUGAGAGUCUUGAACUCCUACUGGGUUAACCAAGACUCCACCUACAAGUACUUCGAGGUUAUCCUCGUUGACCCACAACACAAGGCCAUCAGACGUGAUGCCAGAUACAACUGGAUCGCUAAGCCAGUCCACAAGCACCGUGAGGCUCGUGGUCUCACCGCUGCCGGUAAGAAGUCCAGAGGUCUCAACAAGGGUCACAGAUACAACAACACCAAGGCUGGUCGUCGUCACACCUGGAAGAAGCAAAACACUUUGUCCUUGUGGAGAUACCGUUAA